CAACGCAUCUCUCUCUCUCUGCCUCUGCCCACUCUAUCUUUGAGCUCUGAACCCAUAAAUAAUCAACAAAAAAAAAAUAGUGAAUAAAUUAUUAGUUCAGUAAGCUCAAUAAAACAGAGAGAAAUGGGUUUGGAGCUCGUGUUCUUCUCUUCCUCUUCUCCCAAAGCUACAUUCUGUUUCCUUUUGCAAAUGUAAAUUUUGAUUUUUUGUCAUACAAGGAUGGCCAAAUGCCACAGAAACGACAUCGGAUCCAUAUUCCUCGACCGGCCUUCCACUGCCACGGCCGCCGGUAAUCACUUCCGACUAUGGACAGCCUUCUCUGGUGCUGCAUUCCGAAGAAAAAUCUUCGAUGCAGUGAGCUGCGGGGCCAGCUCUCGCCACCGCCACCAGCUCAUGCAAGAGGUGCUCAACGACACCGUCCAUCGUCAGCCUCCUCCUCCAGCCACCACAAUAAAGUCCGUCUUAAAAGAGUCCAACGAACCGAAAAAACCAGACAGGGUGGUGAAAAGACCCAACAACAAUGGCAAGUCAGAGAAGCUGGCGGAUCUCUUGAACUUAGCGGAAGCGGAAACUGAUGCUGAGACUAAGAAGAAAGUGGAAGCUUUGGAGGAGUUGAAGCGCGUGGUUAAGGAAUUGCAAGUGGAAGAAGAAGGAAAGAAGACCAAAGCUGCAAGUAGAGUGAGGCUGCUUACCAAAGAAGACUCGGAAGCCAGAGUGACUUUAGCGAUGCUCGGGACGAUUCCGCCGUUGGUUGCGAUGCUUGAUUUUGAAGACUCUGAUUCGCAGAUCGCUGCUCUCUAUGCUUUGCUUAAUCUAGGAAUUGGAAAUGACGCGAACAAAGCAGCCAUUGUAAAAGCAGGGGCUGUGCAUAAGAUGCUAAAGCUUAUUGAAGCCCCAAAUGCUCCAAGCCAGGCAGUUUCAGAUGCCAUAGUAGCAAAUUUCCUGGGCUUGAGCGCCUUGGAUUCGAAUAAGCCUAUCAUUGGAUCUUCUGGGGCUAUUUCUUUCUUGGUAAAAGCCCUCAAGAUUUUGGACAAAAGUAGUUCUCAACCAAGACAGGAUGCUCUUCGAGCUCUUUAUAAUCUAUCGAUCUCCCCAUCGAACAUUUCCUUCAUUCUAGAAGCUGAUUUGAUACCCUUUCUGCUGAAUGCCUUGGGAGACAUGGAAGUUAGUGAGAGAAUUCUUUCAAUUUUGAGCAAUCUAGUAUCAACUCCGGAAGGUAGAAAAGGCAUUAGCAUUGCCCCAGAAGCAUUCCCAAUUUUGGUUGAUGUGUUGAAUUGGACCGACUCGCCAGGGUGCCAGGAAAAGGCAUCAUACAUUUUGAUGGUAAUGGCACAUAAAGCGUAUGGAGACAGACAGGCCAUGAUUGAAGCUGGCAUCGUAUCAUCAUUGCUUGAACUAACGCUUUUGGGUAGUACAUUGGCUCAGAAGAGAGCUUCUAGAAUUCUGGAGGUCCUGAGGGUGGACAAAGGGAAACGAGUUUCAGAGAACUUUGGUGGGAACAUGAGUGCAGCGGUGUCUGCUCCUAUUUGUGGGUCUUCAUCCUCUUCAACAAAUCCAAAUGGAAAGGAGUGCUUGGUGGAAGAAGAAGGAAUGAUGAGCGAGGAGAAGAAAGCUGUUAAACAAUUGGUCCAACAGAGUUUGCAGAACAACAUGAGGAGAAUUGUCAAUAGGGCCAAUUUGCCACAAGAUUUUGUUCCAUCAGAACAUUUCAAGUCCCUCACAUCGAGCUCAACUUCAAAGAGCUUACCCUUUUGACCCAAAAAUGGAUUGCACCCUCUGCCAUUUGCAUGCAUGGAGAAUGAGGAGGAGAGAGUCUGUAGUUAGUCUUCUUUUCCAGUCUCAUAUGUGCUUUUUGAUUUUUGUAGCUUCUGUCAAUGUAUGAUAUACCCAUUGUCAAUAUUCCAUCAUUGUCCUAUCAUAAGCUUUUGUAGCAACUGUUUCUUCAUUUGGUGUAUAACUGAGCACCCCCAUUCGGCCUC